AUGGCUUGUCCAGUCUCCGUGGGACCAUCUCGCAAACGACAGGAGCGCGAGGAACAUCUCGACGGACAUUCAUUGAAAAAGCUGAGGCUCGACCGGCCCGCUUCAGCAUAUUGGGAUAGUUUGUCGAAGAUCUGGUUAACGAGGGACGCUCUCGAGGAGCUGGACCGACGAAACGGUGCUUCUGACAGCAUAUCGGGACUGUCUAAACCCCCCAUCCGGCCGCUCACUCGACAAUUUCAGGCUGCGCUGAAGUGUCGCUACGAGACACUUGCUUCCGACCCCUCGAAGAGCUGCAAGCCCGCUAACCUACGGGAGAUCAGGAGGCUCUCUAGGCAAGGCGGGCCUGACUUAUCUGACCUUAGGAAUUUCCCGGAUCCUCAUGCCCCUUUAUAUCAAUCAAUGAGUAUCAACAGUUUCGGCCGCCGGAAGCGACGUGCAGGGUCUCCUCCAGAUGACAGCAACAACAAGACCACUACGAAGACUACAAGCACCUAUAACCGGAACUUCGAGCAGAGGCUUAUUGACUAUGGCGUUUACCCUGAUGGAUAUGAGUAUCCUGAUGGCCGAUUGCCCGCAAUGCCGAACAACUGGGAUGAGAUAAAUGAAAAACUAGCCCAGCCACGACCUUCUCUUUCGCCAUCAAAGUUUUCUGAAAGCGAGUUUCGAAAAUUUAAACGAGCAGACACAAUCGCAUCCAAAGAGAAGCCUGUGGCAACUUCUGUCGUUCCAACUAUUGACGGCAAUAUUAGUGACCCUAAAUGCGUUGGAGGGGACUACCCAUUCGGAAAUCUUGCUCCUCUAACAGAUGGCACGCUGGCAAAUGCAAAACCAGAUCAUUUCUAUGGUGCUCGUCCUGAGCAGCUCAACCGUGAAAUCCGGGAUGAGCUUAACGAUUUUAUCAUCCCGUCCACACAAGGCUCCCUUCUAAUGGCCCCAAACUUCUUCCUAGAGGCGAAGGGUCCUGACGGAUCGCCCGCCGUAGCCACGAGGCAAGCUUGUUACGAUGGUGCCCUGGGGGCCCGAGGGAUACAUAAGCUUCAGUCAUACAAGCAGGAUAAGCCUGUCUACGAUAAUAAGGCCUACACGAUAACAUCAACCUACCUCGCCGGUACCCUCAAGCUCUAUACAACACAUCCCAUAGCCCCUCGAGAAAGCAAUGGCCGUCCUGAAUAUAUUAUGACACAGUUAAAUGCUUGGAGUAUGGUUGGGAACGCAGACGGCUUUCGGCAUGGGGCGUCCGCGUAUCGGAACGCACGGGAUUGGGCAAAAGAACAGCGGGACAAUCAUAUCAAAUCUGCGAACGAGAGACACCGGCAAGCUCAAUCCGAAGUUCUGUCCACGUCCGAACGCGAGGCAACCUCAGAGCCAACUGUCAUCCAGGAGGGCUCUGAUACAUCAGCGACGUCUGCUGAGUUCCAUGAUGCUGCGUGGAGCUUUGCACAGCCAAAUGACAGCGUCGAGGAUCCUCAGGAUCCAAAUAAACAAACUAAAAGAGCAAGAAUCCGAGCUAACAGCAUUUCACUCCGAGAGUGGUGCGAUGAUUGGAUGCUCCUCAUCACCCAUUAUGACUUACCAGAUGAGUUUAAUAAUCUGUGGUGGAACCCUUGCAAUGAUCAGCUGGUGAUGGACGCGAAGAGAGUUGAGCAGACAAACACUACGUCUUAUAAAGUUAUCUCGAGUAAUACCGAAAUAGAAAGAGAAGCGAAUAUGAGGAUUGUAAAUUAA